AUGGUCAAAAAGGGCAAAGGAAAGGCCAGUGGAGGAAUAGAUCUCUCGGAUCCCAUGCCAGCUGGUUCAUCCAAAGAUCAAGCGAAGGGCAAGAAAGGCCAAAAGGGUGGCACUUCUACUCCUGAAGCGGCACCCGAUUCAGGCCCUCCAAAGCCCACGGUAAAGCAACUUAUCGGUGGUUCUUCAUGGACGGGAAAGCUACCUGUCAAUCUACUCAGCGAGUACUGCCAGAAGCAGCGAUGGGAGAGGCCCGACUAUGAUACCAGAAAGACGCCCGAGGGAUUCUCAGUAUGGGUUACCAUGAGCGCCAAGGAUCCAAAGACGCAGCAAAUUAUCAGACUCGAACCCUUCAAGAUUCCAGCAACACAUAAACAUUUGAUUACCCGACCCACAGCUAUAGAAGCCAAACAUGCAGCAGCUACCUAUGCUCUUUUCAGAGUCUGUAGCAUGCAGAACAAGCACACCGUUCUUCCACCGGAACACAAAUCGCUGUGGAAAGACUUCCAGACUCUCAAGGUCCAAGAUGUCAAGGAAGGGAAAUCUUGGAUGUACGAGGCAGAUCCUUUCAAGGCUUUGCAAGAGCGACAAGAGGCCAAGGCUGCUGCAGAUAAGAAGAGAAAGGAAAUUGAGGCUGCCAAAGCCAAAGCAGCUGCGAUGCCUGGCGCCGCCGGACUGGUUCUUAUGAGUAAUGCGGGUAAAGGAGCAUCAAACAUUAUGAAAGGUUGGAGCACGGCGCCCAAGGUUGAAAUGGGCAAGAAGACAAGGGCUCAGUUGGAAACUCUAUUGCGAACAGGCGUAAAGUGGAAUCCGAAUGAUGUCCACAUGUCAAAAUCACAGAAAGAAGCUAUCGUUGCUGAAUUCAGUAAGCUCAGCUUUCGCAAGAGCCAUGUGGAAGAGGCAGUAGAGUACUGCAAGGAUCGAGAAGAGACGCUCGAGUGGCUUCUCAUCCACGUUCCUGAAGACGAUCUUCCUCGUUGGGCUUUGCCAGAGAGUUAUGCGGCCGGAGUCUCAGUCGGUGCCACUAAUCUGAGAAGAGAGGGCAUCAUCAAGCGACUUGCUCAGGCAGGCUAUUCCCUUGAAUUAGCUACAAGGGUAUUGGACGAACAAGGCAUGGAUGAGGAUAAGGCUGCCGAGACAUUGCAGAAUUUGCUUUUCCCAAUCGAGUCUAAGAACUCUGACGACACCGACUUCUUGGAUCUUGGGACGCCCGAAGAGCAAUGGGAGGAAGAAGUUGGAAGUCUUGAAGCCAUGUAUGGGGAUGGGUUUGAGCGCGAAGGUGAUAAUGUCAUUCGCAUCAAACUAGACUCUAUCAAGAACGGACAACAGCUUGUCGACGCAUCGUUGCAAAUCCGUCGUCCGGCUACCUACCCCGCGAACUUGAUUCUUUCGAUCUUGGCCAACAUUCCCUCUUAUAUCAAGCUGGGCAUCGUCCGAAAAGCGCUCGAGUAUAUUGAGGAGUCUUUACGUGAUGAACCUAUGAAGAUUUACCUGGCUAUGGACUGGGUUCAACAGAAUAUCAACAGCAUCAUCGAAGAUCCGGGCAAACUUGUUGACAUUUCAGCAGUUUCCUCAGCUGCUGCCGAAUACAAACCCGUCGCCGCCAUCGCACAGAAGAAACGGCCAACCCGUGUACCCAAGCUGAUAAAAUGGGUAAAGGAUGAGAAGAACCGGGAGCAGUGGCUUCGACGGCAAGGAUCAACCUCUUUAAAAGACAUGAUUAGCAAGCGUCAAAAUCUGCCCGCGUGGCAGAUGCGCGAGGCCAUUAUUGGUACUGUUCGAAGCAAUCAUGUCACCAUUAUCAGUGGAGAAACAGGUUCGGGUAAAUCUACACAGUCUAUGCAGUUCAUUCUGGAUGACUUGUAUGCGCAAGGACUAGGCGGUUGCGCGAACAUGAUUGUUACACAACCGCGUCGAAUCUCGGCACUCGGACUGGCGGAUCGUGUAGCGGAAGAGAGAUGCUCACGAGUCGGCGAAGAAGUUGGAUACGCAAUUCGUGGCGAGUCUAAGAGAUCCAAGGACACCAGGAUAACGUUUGUCACGACUGGUGUUCUCCUCAGACGGUUGCAAACUUCAGGAGGUCGAGUUGAAGACGUCGUAGCGUCUCUGGCAGAUGUCAGUCACGUUGUUAUCGACGAGGUACACGAGCGAAGUUUGGACACUGACUUCUUGCUCAACCUUAUUCGGGAAGUCAUGAAAUCAAAGAAAGAUAUGCUUAAGCUCAUUCUCAUGUCUGCCACUCUUGAUGCGGCGACCUUCAAGAACUACUUUGCUUCGGAAGGGCUCAGUGUAGGCACUGUCGAGAUUGAGGGUCGAACAUUCCCAGUAGACGAGUACUAUCUGGACGACGUGAUCCGUAUGACUGCAUACGGCGUUGAGACUUCCGAUACCGAGUACAUCAGCGGCGAUGCUCUGGGCAAGGUAAUUCAGAAGCUUGGACAUCGUAUUAACUACAAUCUGCUGGUUGAGACUGUAAAGGCUAUUGACUUCGAGCUUUCCUACGAGAAGAAGUCUGGAGGCGUUCUCAUCUUCCUCCCUGGAGUUGGUGAAAUCAACCAGGCCUGUCGCGCAUUAAAGGCGGUUAGCUCUCUAUAUGUCUUGCCACUCCACGCAUCGCUCGAAACGCGCGAGCAGAAACGUGUGUUCUCAAGCCCUCCCCCUGGAAAACGAAAGAUCGUGGUUGCGACGAAUGUUGCAGAAACCUCUAUUACCAUUGACGAUAUCGUCGCGGUAAUCGACAGCGGAAAAGUCAAGGAAACUAGCUUUGAUGUCCAGAACAACAUGCGGAAACUCGAAGAGACCUGGGCAUCGCGAGCUGCCUGCAAACAACGACGUGGUCGAGCCGGUCGAGUUCAGGAGGGCAGAUGCUACAAGCUCUUUACACAAAAGCUUGAGGAACAAAUGCCUGAGCGACCGGAACCUGAAAUCCGGCGUGUGCCCCUGGAGCAACUUUGCCUGUCGGUUCGCGCUAUGGGAAUGAAGGACGUUGCUGGCUUCCUUGGUCGGUCCCCUACACCCCCUGAUGCGACAGCUAUCGACGGGGCUAUGAAGCUCCUGCGACGGAUGGGAGCACUCGAUGGUGAUGAGCUCACUGCUAUGGGUCAGCAAUUAGCUAUGCUACCAGCUGACCUGAGAUGCGGUAAACUGAUGGUAUUUGGUGCGAUCUUCGGCUGCCUGGGUGAUUGCGUGACUAUCGCUGCAAUACUGAGCACGCGAAGUCCUUUUCUGUCCCCACAGGAAAGGAGAGAUGAGGCAAAAGAAGCUCGCAUGAACUUUUACAGUGGUGAUGGUGAUCUCUUGACCGAUCUUCAGGCUUUCCAGGAGUGGGAUUCCAUGAUGCAAGAUCGCUUGCCUCAGCGUCAAGUGCGAUCGUGGUGCGAGGAGAACUUUCUCAAUUUCCAGACCUUGUCUGAUAUCUCCAACACGCGUGCGCAGUACUACGCGGCACUCGCGGAAAUUGGCAUUGUUGCCCCUUCUGAAGCGUCAAGUGAAGCUCACGCUCGUGAAACUAGUUCCGACGGAUCUCAACUCUUGCGGGCUUUGGUUGCAGCGGCGUUCACACCGCAAAUUGCUCGCAUUCAGUAUCCCGACAAGAAGUUCGCUAGUUCUAUGUCCGGUGCUGUUGAGCUGGAUCCCGAGGCAAAGUCGAUAAAGUUCUUUAACCAGGAGAACGGACGAGUCUUUGUUCACCCAAGCAGUACGCUAUUCGGAAGCCAAGGCUUUUCGGGUAAUGCUGCGUACAUGGCAUACUUCAGUCUCAUUUCUACCAGCAAGAUUUUUAUACGUGAUCUAACACCCUUCAAUGCCUAUACGCUCCUCCUAUUUUCAGGCCCGAUCGAACUUGACACGCUGGGCAGGGGUCUUCUUGUGGACGGAUGGUUGAGACUGAGAGGGUGGGCGCGCAUCGGUGUCUUGUUGGCAAGAUUGAGAAGUAUGGUGGAUGAGCUGAUUGCAAAGAAGGUUGAGAAUCCUGAGAUGAGCGUCAAGGACGACGAGGUCAUUACACUGGUGAAGAAGAUGAUCGAACUUGAUGGUCUAGACGCAUAG